UGCUGCUACUGCUUUUGAUUACUGUGCUCUUUUUGAUGGCGGUUGGAGUUUAGUUUUCAAUCAUGUCUUCAGUACUUGUGCCUGAAAUUCCUGCAGCCGGAUUUUCUUUUGACUUUUGUCAAAGAAACAAUUUCUUGAUAAAGAAAGGAUUGCAAGCACCUAAAGCUGUUAAAACAGGAACAACAAUUGCUGGAAUUGUUUACAAAGAUGGAGUUGUUCUUGGUGGUGAUACAAGAUCAACAGAGGAUACUAUAGUUGCUGACAAAAACUGUAGCAAAAUUCAUUAUCUUGCUCAAAAUAUGUAUUGCUGUGGUGCUGGAACUGCAGCUGAUACAGAGAUGACAACUCAGAUGAUAUCCAGUCAAUUGGAGUUACAUCGUUUAAAUACUGGUCGUACGGUACCAGUUUGCACUGCUAAUGCAAUGAUUAAGCAAUUAUUGUUUCGUUAUCAAGGCAAUAUUGGAGCAGCCUUAAUAUUGGGAGGUGUUGAUUUAGAUGGACCACAUUUAUUUUGUAUUUAUCCUCAUGGUUCUUCAGAUAAACAUAUGUACACUAGCAUGGGCACAGGAUCACUAGCUGCAAUGGCUGUAUUUGAGAGUAGAUGGAAACCUAAUAUGGCGGAAGAGGAAGCUAAAGAGCUAGUUGCGGACGCUAUCCGUGCUGGUGUAUUUAAUGAUUUGGCUUCUGGUUCUAAUGUAGACCUGUGUGUGAUACGCAAAGGUUCCGUCGAUUAUUUACGCCCCUAUGAUGUUGCUAAUGUCAAGGGACAGCGUACUAUAUCUUACCGAUAUAAACACGGUACGACUGCUAUACUUGAUAAAACAGUUCACCCUAUAAUUAUUCAAGGAGAAAGUAUCCGCAGAGUCGAAACAGAACCGAUGGAUGUAUCAUCAUGAAAUAUAUAUUGAACACUUUUAAAUCUAUGUUCAAAUGUGAAUUUUUAAUAAAUAGCAGUAAUUAUGAUACUUGAAUUUGUAAAGUUCUACUCUUGUAUUUCUUUCAAUGAAUAAAUUUAAUUCCAAACACUGAA